GUUUUAUCUGCCUUAACAUGUCAGGCAAUCGAUUGUGCACAUUUCAAAUCGUCAAAAUUUUUUGCCUAUGGUAAAUAAGUUGCCUUGCCAAGGAACUCGUUUUCAAACGGUUUCCAAGAUUUUUGAAGAAUUGGUCCCCAAUGUUGAAGUGUUACUAAAUUGCACUGACUUAAAAGCACACGUCAAUGUUUACGCACAAGUGGAACAACAAUUAAGGUUAAUUCUUCCUGACGUUGAAGCCAUUCGACAACGCGUUUUGGAAACGAGUCCAACAAAAAUGAUUUACGGGGCUUUAACGAAAAAAAAAAUUAAGACAUUUUUACAUCAAUUUGACUUAUUAUACGCUACCUAUCAAGAUGAGCUUGAACCUAACUUUUCACACUUGCAUCAAAAAAGAAUAACAGAAGAGCAAUUGGCUUUAAAAAAACACAAAGAGCUAGAAAUGAAUCAAAAAUUGCAAGAACAUUGUGUUCGUUUAGAACAAAGUAAAGAAGAGGAGUUGGAACGACAAAAAUUGAUAGAAUACCAUAAGUUACAAAAAGAAAAUGACCUACGGCAGUUAAACAAUGCUUUACUGGAAUCUCAAGAAAAAAAGGAGGAAAAUAAGCUACAACAAAAAAAAUUCUUGGAAACGUUUUCUCAAGCGUUAGUUCAAUUAAGAAAUCUUGGGCCAAAAGAGUACGCGCGCAAUGGUCUCCUGUUGUACUGUUCUAAAGAGGUUUCAACGGAUUGUCUUUGUCGGGUUCUUGAGCCUUUAUUAUCGAUUUUAAGUCGUGUUGUAGAAAACCCUGAAAUUCAAUAUUAUCGCGUUAUAAGGUGUUUUAAUCCUAGUUUUUAUGAAAACGUAGGCAUACAUGAAGGAUCUACAAAAAUUCUCAUGGCUGCUGGUUUCACUUUGAAACAAUUAUGUCAAGAAACAGACUAUAUUUUACAAGCACAAAAUUCCUUCGAAAAAGAUUCGGACACAGAAUUUUUGACCACAUCUCGUGAUGCUGAUGAACUUUAUUGGAUUUUUAAAGAGCCUGAUCCUGCUUCAGCAUUUGAUGAAUGGUGUACUUUAACGGAAAAUGUGGCUUGGGUAAAAAAGUUCCUAGAGACUACCAUCAUAACGGCUCGCCGCCGUCCUAGUAAUAACUCAAUUAAUUUUUUUAAGAGUACCAUUGCAGACCUUUUGUUUUGACUAAAAAAAGAGAACAUUUGUUAUUUUAUUUUUUUUUUAAUCUAAAAUAUUAUGCUGCAUCAACUCCACCGAUUGCCUCGAAAAAAUUUCCAAGAUUGGAACAUUCCUUAGCAUAAAAAUAUUUUGGUAAUAUUUUGUUACCAAUAAGAAUGCAUGUCUUGGUAUAAAAAAGCCUAUUUUUUUGGAGAUUUUUGAACGAGAAAAGUACAUACAGAAAAACAACAAGUGGAUUAUUUGUUUCCUUUUUUUCUUUAUAGCUAUACUACACAACAACUUACUCCUACCUAAUCUUUUUUAAAGAUUCGUUCAAUUUUAUUUUUAACUCCUUUGAGAGUGCCUUGCAAUAUGAAUCACGAGCCAUUUAAAUAGGUGUAAAAAUGUCAAUAUAGAAAAAUAAAAACAGCUAAUCUAGUAAGGUAACCAAAUAGCACAUAAAUACUUUA